AUGGUGGAUGGGAAUAUGUGGGAGGGCAAUACAGGACUUUUGCAGUUGAUGCUUGAAUUAGUAGCACUAUGUGGUAAUUAUGGUGAUGUGUACACGAUUUAUUACUUGAUGACUGGGUUUGAUUUUGUUAAUGGGUUAAAGAGUGUGUAUAAUGAUGAUGAGGGUGGGUUUAAUGCACAACAACUGGGAUCUACAGACCCUAAUAGUGAAGCAGAGGGUGAAGGUGACCCUGAAUUUGAAUAUGAGGAUUCUGGGGAAGAAAUACAUUCACCUGUUGUAAGUGGUGAUGAAGCUGACACCAUUCAACAAAUAAGGGAGAGAAGAGGGUUGUUAGUGGGGAAGCAUACAUACUUCACAUUAUUUCAGUGGAAGUUACUUGAUGUGUUCAAAGCUAGGCCUCAUUGGCCUGCUAAAGAUAUUAUAGAAACUGUGAGGAGAGCUUAUAGAGCCAUUGUGAAACCUGUUUUUUCUUAUAAAGUUAAGUGGCAUGCUCACAAGAAACUUCAUGGGUCAAUGAGGGAGCACUAUGGGAAGGUUGGUAGAUACCUAGAAGUUGUGAAAAGGUCCAGUCCUAACACACACUUGGACUUGGUAACUUACAUGGAGAAGAACGAGCCUCUAAUGAUUUUUCAGAGACUGUAUGUGUGUUUUGAGGGUGUGCAGAUGGGUUGGAAUGAAGGGCGUAGGAAGAUAAUUUGUGUAGAUGCUUGUUUCUUGAAAACAUUCCUAGGAGUUCAGUUGAUGUUAGAUGUAGGGAGAGAUGGUAAUGAUCAAAUGUACCCAAUUGCUUGGGAAUGGUUCCUUAAACACCUCAGCAACAACCUUGGUCUGGGAGAAGGAGUUGGAGUUGUUAUUGUUUCUGAUGAGCAUCAGUCAAUCUUAAGAGGAGUUGAAGUCAUUCUCCCUAAUGCUGAGCACAGGCACUAUGCAAGGCAUAUUUAUGCCAAUUGGCACAAGUCCUUCAAAGGGAAUGAAUUAAAGCUUAAGUUUUGGAGCUGUGCCAAGGCGUACAGUAGAGCUGACUAUGAGGAAGCAUUAGAGAAAUUAACCAAAGCUGAUCCAACAGCUGUAGAGGCUUUCAAAGCAUACAAUCCUAAGCUGUUCUACAGAGCUUUUAUAAAAACAGAGGUGAAGUCUAAUGCCAUUACAAGCAACAUGGCAGAGACCUUCAAUGGGUACAUAAUACAUGCUAGAGAAAAACAACUAAUGUACAUUCUUGAAGACAUUAGAUCAUCAUUAAUGAAAAGAUUGGUGACAAAGAAACAGGAAAUGGAGAAAUGGACAACAUCAAUUUGUCCUAGGAUACAAAAAAAGUUGGAGUGGGAGAAAGAAGAGGCAGCCAAGUGUCAUGUCAUCCCCUCAAGCAGUACAUUGUUCCAAGAAGUGCACUUGCAAAAAAUGGGAUAUGACAGGCAACCCUUGUUGCCAUGCUGUUGCAGCAUUUUCUUCACACAUAGAAAUGCAGAGGAUUUUGUUGAUGAUUAUUACAAGAAGGAUAAGUACCCGGUGUCUUAUUCAAAUUCAAUCCCUCCCCUAGAGGGGGAAAGACACUGGCCAAGGAGUGAUUUGGUGUUAGACCCACCACCAAUUAAGAUAGGGCCUGGAAGACCAAGGAAGAAUAGGAUAAGGGACCCUUUUGAAGACCCCAAAAAACCUGGAAAGCUAACUAAACAUGACAUGGAGAUGACCUAUAGUGUUUGCAACACUAAAGGACAUAACAAAAGAUCCUGUCCAAGCAAAGGAACAACCACCACAGUUGAACCUCCACCCAAUUAA